UUCCUUGCGAAGGGGGCGGCGGCGGCGGCGGCUCCCGCUCUGGCUCUAUCGGGAGCGCGCGCGCGCGGUAGCAUGUGCUGCCUAGACAGCAAUGCCUCUGCCAUCGGAAUCUCUCCCUGAGGCGCCUGUCCCGGGCCGGGCCUUUUUCUCCUCCUUUUUCUAACUGACAGGGUGAAGGUGGGCCUAGGAGGGAGGUCGCUCGGGGACGCUGUUUCUCGGCUGGCCGACAAGCCAACGACGACAACGUCUUCUGAGGGGGUGGGAGGGGCGGCCACGUGCGCGCGAAGGAUCCUGACGAGACGCGAGUCAGCCGCGGCCACGCCUGCCUCGGAGCUCCGAGCGAGGCGGGCGGCGGCUCAAGAGAGCGUUAGCUUUUCCUUCUCGGCAAGGGCGAAGCUCCUGACUCGUCAGCGGCCGGACGCAACGCCAGGGACUAGCGCCGUGGCCAGUUUGAAGCGGCUCCCCGAGGAGGAGUUUCCGCGCGCAUUCGCCGCAGCAGCAGCAACAACGAAGGAAUUGGGGAGGUGCUUCUCGCCGGGCCUCUGGGCGCCGCCCGCGUUCGGGACGUGCUGGCUCUCCUCCGGCGUUGGUGACCGCGGCGGUCGGUCGGUCAGGCUUUUUGGCACGUCUGAAUCGGGCAUCUCCCGAUUAGCUUAUCUGCAAACCUUUUAUAAGCUGCACCCUUGUUGCCCAUUUCGGGGCGUGGCUUGUUGUUGGAAUGUGAGAGGGAGGGCGGCGGGAGAGCUUGACCCGAAACCCAGGAGGGGUUCAGCUGUCUCCGAGUCCAAGCAGGCUCCUGUUUUCGGAAGUCUCCAUCGACAUCUCCGUCUGUCUCGGUAAAUGUCAGGCUGGGAGGCUGGCAGGACAGUCCUUUCCCUCCUUUAGUCAAACUCCCAGGAGCGGGCCCGAAAAUUGCCCUGCUUAAGGAGACAGAGGGCUGUCUGUGCCUUCUGGCAGGAGCUGAUCCUCCUCUUGUGCUUGUCACAGGGAAUCGGUACAUCUAGAGCCCAGGUUUGCGUUUCUGAUCCCGAAUGUGCCAGUCAAUGGAGUAAUUCUGCAGAGGGGAGAAUCAGCAAUCCUAGGGCCACCAAUGAUUUGCAAAUGGAAAAGAACGCCAGGGAAGCCUCUGCACGAUUGGUAUUCUAAAUUGAACUUGUUAAGGUGCCCUUUCUUAUUACUACCAGUCCCAGUAGGUGGGCAGAAUGGGCACAGAGCGCAGCGAGCUACCGUUCUGAUGGAUGUUUUUUAAGCCUCCUGUUCAACCACUGACUUUGCUCACCGGAGUGACAUCUCAAGCACCUUUGUGGUCAGACACCGCAGAGUGAACAAAGGCUGCAACCAGCAUCCCGCCCUGAAACAUAGGUUGCUAGCUACAUAUUUCAGAUGCCUGCCUGCCUUAGAAUCCCACGUCAUGACCUGGGACCUGCCUGAGUGAGAAACUUGCGGGGGAAGGCACCUCCUACCAAACACAGUAUGCCACAGAUGAGUGGAGGGUUUCGGAGGAAGAGAGACUAAAACAGACACCAACAAUUAGGCAACUCCAGGGCUUGGCAGACAAAGGUGCUACUGCCAGGCUGGAGGACGAAGACUUUUGUCCCUACUCUUUCCUCCAGAGAAAAGUUACAUUUUAACAGCAUUGGAAAAACAAAUCAUUGGCUUACAUUGGAGAAAAGCACGUGGCCUCACUUUGUCCUUGUGGUCUUGUUAUCUUUGGCAGCAGAUAAAGCCGGGCUCUACAAGCCAAGGUGUGAAAGGCCAGUUGCCAGGUGAAGACUGAGGGAAGUGUUGGCUCCAUCGCCAAGCUGGGCACAAGACAGAGGCUGGCAGCUGUUGACAGCUGCUGCGACAUCCUGGAGCAGGAAGCUGACAUCAACAUGGAUAACUCAGAGGGAAGAUUCUUCAGUGGGAAACGGCCCAGCUUGCCGGGGGCACGUCAGCUUCCCAUGGUACAGAAGUUGGUGGACUCUUUGGCCCAGCUACAAGAGGAAAAGUUGCAGCUGCAGCAAGAGUUGUUGCUGCUGCAGGAAAAGCUUUCUGCACAAGAGAGCAGCCAACUUAGUCAGACUGUACAGCUGCAGAACCAGACAGAAAGUCUGAAGGACCAACUCCUGGAGCAAGCACAGGAAAUGAACAGGCUCCAUUCGGUGUUGGGUGGCACAGAUCUGGAGAAGCACCGGGACCUUUUGGUUGCAGAAAAUGUGCGUCUGAAACAAGAGAUGAAGAUGUGCGAGGCACAACUGCAGGAGCUCAAGAAGAAGCAUCCUGUGAAAUGCGUGAACUGCGAGCAUAGCCAGGAGAAUGUGAAGUUGCAGGAAAAGCUGGCCCAACUAAAGCAAGAAGCAGAAGAGGUGAAAGGGCGCCUGUCGGAGCUGGACCUAGAAGUGGAGCAGAAAACCAAUCGCCUGGCUGAGGUGGAGCUCCGGCUGAAAGACUCCCUAGCAGAGAAGGCAGAGGAAGAGGAGCGGCUCAGCCGCAGACUGAGGGAUAGCCAGGAGACAAUAGCCAGCCUCAAAGCCCAGCCUCAGCAGAUUAAGUAUGUAAUCAAGACCGUGGAAGUCGAGUCCUCAAAGACCAAGCAGGCCCUCUGUGAAGCCCAGUCCCGGAACCAGUACUUGCAAGACCAAGUUGGGAUGCAGAGACAGGUGCUGAAAGAGAUGGAACAGCAGCUGCAGAACUCUCAGAAAGCAGCAGUGCAGCUCAGAGCUCAGGUUACGUUGUAUGAGUCUGAGUUGGAGCGGGCCCACGAGCAGAUGCUGGAGGAGAUGCAGAACAUGGAGGAGGACAAGAAUCGAGCCAUUGAAGAAGCAUUUGCUCGAGCCCAGGUAGAAAUGAAAGCUGUCCACGAGAACCUGGCAGGAGUGAGGACAAAUCUCCUGACUCUCCAGCCAGCUCUUCGAACCCUUACAAAUGAUUACAAUAGCCUGAAGCGGCAGGUCAAAGAAUUUCCUGUUCUUCUCCAAGAAGCCCUACAGAGUGCCAAAGCUGAGAUUGGCCAAGCCAUUGAAGAGGUCAACAGUACAAAUCAGGAGCUCCUGAGGAAAUACCGCAGAGAACUGCAGCUCCGGAAGAAAUGUCACAAUGAACUUGUGCGGUUGAAAGGCAAUAUCCGUGUGUUUGGUCGUGUUCGGCCAGUAUGUAAAGAGGAUGGCGAUGGGCCAGAAGCUGCCAGUGCGGUGACAUUUGACCCUGAUGAUGAUGCCAUCUUGCAUCUGAUGCAUAGAGGGAAGCUGGUAUCAUUUGAACUUGACAAGGUUUUCCCUCCUGAAGCAACACAGGAAGAUGUCUUCCGGGAAGUUCAAGCCCUGAUCACAUCCUGCAUUGAUGGUUACAAUGUUUGCAUUUUCGCCUAUGGCCAGACAGGUGCCGGCAAGACAUACACAAUGGAGGGAACUCCCGAAAACCCAGGAAUCAACCAGCGGGCACUGCAGCUUCUCUUCUCAGAAGUGCAGGCAAAAGCCUCCGACUGGAACUACCAGAUCACUGUCAGUGUGGCUGAGAUCUACAACGAAGCCCUCAGAGACCUGCUUGGAAAGGAGCCCCAGGAGAAGUUGGACAUCAAACUCUGCCCGGAUGGUAGUGGACAGCUCUAUGUGCCAGGCCUGACAGAGUUCCCUGUGCACUGUGUAGAAGACAUCAACCAGGUCUUUGAAUUUGGUCAUAUCAACCGAGUGACUGAAAGCACCUACUUGAACGAGCACAGCUCCCGAUCUCACGCCCUCCUGAUUAUCACAGUGAGGGGAAUUGAUUACAGCACAGGAAUACGAACCACAGGGAAGCUGAAUUUGGUCGAUCUGGCAGGAUCUGAGCGUGUGGGGAGGUCUGGUGCAGAGGGGAGCAGGCUGCGUGAGGCCCAGUACAUCAACAAAUCGCUCUCAGCUUUGGGAGAUGUGAUCUAUGCCCUGCGUUCCCGCCAGGGCCAUGUGCCAUUCCGCAACUCCAAGCUGACCUACCUGCUUCAAGACUCUCUCAGUGGUGACAGCAAGACCCUCAUGAUGGUCCAGGUCUCUCCUGUGGAGAAAAAUACAAGUGAGACACUCUGUUCCCUUAAGUUUGCUGAGAGGGUUCGCUCUGUUGAACUGGGCUGUGGCUCUCGGAGGACAGAAUUGGGCUCCUGGACCAGUCAGGAGCACUUAGAGGCAGACUCAUCAUCAGUCACAGCACAGCCCUGCAUCCGAAGUCAGUCUUCUCCUCGGACUCGGCGAGCGAGUUCACUCCGGGCAAGACUCCAGACGUCAGGGAAACUGAGGCCAAUUCCUGUGUGAAGCAGCUGAUUUGAGGAACAUGCUUUUUUAAAAGGAGUUUCAGAAACCAUGAAUACUUUUUAAAGAGACUACUCAUCUUCCUGCCCACCUCAGAGGCUAAUAGACACUGAUUUGGGAGACACAAAGAAAGGGAAGCCACAGCAAAAAGAAGGGUGGUGCCAUCUGCCAGCCCUUGAAUUGCGAAGGGUCUCUCCAUCAGACACACUCCCGUCCUGAGAGAAGGUGACAUGCCAGCCCCCUGUUGUACCUCAUCCGUUGCUGGCAAUGGAUGGACUUGCGCUUGGAUGCAACUGGACUUCAGGAGAUGGUUCAUCUGCCUAUUUGACAUGAGGUGAAUUUUACUAUAUUUUUAAAAGGAGAAUGGAAGUCCUAGACCCAUUCCCAUCCUUUUGGCCCUCUGCAUUGAUUUUUUUAAUUUAAUAAACUCUUUGCACCAA